UAAGGUCGGGGCAGGAUGUCAAGUCACUACACUGUUCAAUGAGCUACGGAGCAGACGGCGGCGACACCUUACGUUGGUGCAUUUUUGGAAAGCAGAUCCUAUUGAGAACUGAAAUGUAACAUUUCUGACUAUCCAAGAGAUUGAUGGGAUGGAUGCACUUGACCAAGAGAGGUUAGGGGGUCCAGACCCGUUAGACUACAUUAGUAUGUAUCGAAAUACGGGGUGUCCAGCUCAGGACGUCCAGGAGCAUUGGCACUACGUCAGCUUUGGUCUCAGCGACCUGUAUGGAGACAACAGGGUUCACGAAUUCACAGGAAUAGACAAACCCAGCGGCUUUGGCUUCGAGCUCACCUUUCGACUGAAAAGAGAGAUGGGGGAGACGGCCCCUCCCACCUGGCCGGCUGAACUCAUGCAAGGCUUGGCGCGCUACGUCUUCCAAUCGGAAAACACGUUUUGCAGUGGCGACCACAUAUCGUGGCACAAUCCCCUAGACAACAGCGAGUCUCGCAUCCAGCAUAUGUUGCUCACGGAGGACCCUCAAAUGCAUCCCAUUCAAACUCCUUUUGGCACCGUCAGUUUCCUGCAGAUUGUGGGCGUUUGUACAGAGGAGCUGCAGGCGGCGCAGCAGUGGAACGGCCAAGGCAUCUUGGAAUUGAUGCGAGGGCUUCGAGUAGCUGGCGGUCCCUGGCUGAUCACAGACAUGAGGAGAGGGGAGACCAUCUUUGACAUCGAUCCACAUCUACAACAGGAGAGAGUGGACCACGGCAUCGAGACGGAAGGCUCCAACUUGAGCGGGGUCAGCGCCAAGUGCGUGUGGGACGACCUGAGUCGACCGCCAGAUGACGACGAGGACAGUCGGUCCAUUUGCAUCGGCUCGCAGCCUCGCAGGCUCUCCGAUAAAGAUACAGAAAAGAUCAGGGAGACCUUAAGGAAAGGCCUGGAGUUUAACACCAAGGCACCACUGCCCCCCAUCGGCAGCCAGAGACAUGACAGACCUCAAAGUCGAAAGGACAGUUUGGAAAGCGAGACCUCAACCGCCAUCGUCCCGCACGAGUUAGUCCGAACACGACAGUUGGAAAGUGUCCAUCUGAAAUUUAACCAAGAGUCCGGCACACUGCUUCCACUCUGCUUACGGGGCCGCUUGCUGCAUGGCAGACAUUUUACUUUCAAAAGUAUUAACGGUGACACGGCUAUUACGUUUGUGUCUACUGGGGUGGAGGGAGCCUUUGCUACUGAGGAGCAUCCAUACGCAGCCCACGGCCCUUGGCUUCAGAUAUUGUUGACUGAAGAGUUUGUGGAUCAGAUGCUUGGGGAUUUAAAUGAUCUUAACACUCAUGAGGAUACAAAACUACCGAAAGAGUACAGUUGGCCAGAGAAGAAGCUGAAGAUCUCCAUCCUUCCAGACUGUGUGUUUGAUAAUCUUCUGCAAUGAGCUGGAGAUGCUUAAUCACUACAACAAACAAACUAAAAACAAUGUCAAAACCUGCACAUCCACUCGCUCAGAGGACGCAGUGACGUUGAAGUGUCCUCACUAAAGAAACGUGAACUCCAAAAGACUCUCAGUCGAUCUGGGCUGCUCAAAGUCUCAGGUCCAUAUUACACACGUCGCAGUUUAGCCGUGUAGGCGUCACAUCACAAGCAAUAACUUGUGUUCUAUUUAUUCCAGUGGCCACAGACAAGACAACAACAACAAAAGUCAGCUACUGAUCGCAUUUUUAACAUGUUUUCUUUCAUUUUUGCCUUUGCUGUAUGUGUACGUUAAACAAAUGCUGGACAUUUUUCCUGCUAUGAUGCCAAAGGUAAUGUCGGUCACUCGGUGCUAAUACUGGGUGAAGUAAGCCAACAUUUCAACUCUCGUCUUUGUUGUAUGGCUGACAAAUGCUGCAAAUACAUGCCCCUAUACCAAGAUUUUGUAUAGCAGGAGCGAGGAACCUAUCAGGAGCUAUUUCAUUUUUCAUCAAGUUCUUUAAGGGCCACACUAAAUGUAUGAAUUAUAAGCAUUUCCUCCAAACUUGAAUUUGUUGUUAACGUUGCCAGAUCAAGCCCAGAUAUGGCUAGAGGUUCUUUACCCUGGUUACGUGCAGUCAUAUUUCAGUUUGUAAUGUCUCCAUUAACUUGGGUUAGGUAAUAACUUGUCUGCUUUUGUGUUUUAAGAUGGCAAUCUCUACAGUGUUAUGUCCAGCGGCCACCGUGAAUGAAAAGGUUUAGAUUUUUGUGUUGUCGUGUGUAGGAUCAGUUCGACAAUGAGUUGGAGCAAACCUCAAAUUGAAAAGGACCACACACACACACAGAUAAGUUGGCUCAGUCAACAGUGAGUCUUACUGUGUCAUGAGCCGCUUCGAUUUGAAUCUCGAUAACACCAGAAUUGAAAGGACACAUUUUACGACAUUGUCUUUCUUUUCAGACCGCGUGUACUGUUACACCAUACUGUAUGUCAUGAUAUUAUAUAGUUGUCUUUUUUAAGUGACUGAUACAUGUUUAUAACAUGCUUUUGUUAUUUGCCAUUUUAUUUGAACCAGUUAUAAUCCCAAGUGCAUUAAAGAGUAGCUAUUUACACAAAUAAAGCUGGAACACUGAUAA